UUGACAAAAAGAGAAAAAGGAAAAGAUUAUUUAUGGAAGGGUCGGCGACAAUUGGGCCACGCGUAUCGGCCCAGAGAAAGCAACCAAUAUAUAUACAUCCGCUAGACCUUCUCUCUCUGACAUUCAUCCGAUCCCUCGCUUCGCUUGCUCAUCGUUUGCCGUUUCAGAAUCGAGGGGAAUGAACCAAAUCGAGAACAUGGCGACGCAGAAAGCUAUUGUGCUAUGGAACAUCAGCAGCUGCCCGAUUCCAGAUGGUCAUGAUCCUCUUAUGGUGGUUCAGAGAAUACAAGCGGCGGUGGAGAAGUCCGGCUACGUCCGCCGCAACGGUGAGAUCUCGAUCACUGCCAUUGGCGACAAACUAACAGAGGUCCCUGGCGAAGACGUCAUGAGGAGGCUCUCUUCCAUCGGAAUCGCUCUUAAAAACGGGGACGAAUAUCAAAUGGAUUUGUAUAAUUGGGCCGACGAGAACGCUCCUCCGGGUACUAUGAUGCUCAUAGACGGUCAUGAGCAACUGGGAUGGUUAGCAGAAACACUUUCCGAGUUUGAAGAUAUGGGAUUCAGAAUUCUUCUUGCAUAUCCUCACCGUGACCCAGCAGCCACACCCUUUCCGUGUAAACAGUGGGAUUGGGCUGCCUUGUUCUCAGAUGAACAGGAGACGACAACAACAAGCCUUGUUGUUAAUUCCAGUGUUAAAUCUCCCUGGUUCUGUGAAGUAUGCUUUGUUGCUGCCCCAAACCUUGAAGAUUUCACCACCCAUCUCAAGUCUGUAAAACAUGCAUAUGGUGAGUGGGACAGGCACGCUAGUAAAAACAAUGUGGAUCGUACUGACCCUGCUAACCUGCCGUUUGGUCUAUCAAAUGAGUUGGACUUGCUGCUUAAUCAAGACAUGGUUAGACGUCAGAUGUUAACGUCAGGGCGCAGGCGCGGGCCGCUCGGCCCUCUUAGGCCUCGACUCACAUUCAACCUAACCCAUUCCAAGGCAAGUUGACAUUUCUUUUCCUUUUCUGAGUUCCAGCUUAUUUACUUAUCUAUGAGUUUUGAUUUUACCUUGACAUGUUUUUUCAUUCUAAAAGUAUUGAAGGAACAUUUGAAGAAGAAGCUGGAGUGUGAAGGAGAAGAAGCGAGGACUUUUAUGUAAUAAAUAAAAUUACUUACUACUGUGUUAUCUAUUGUUAAACAUCGCAAUUCAGUUUUUUAUAUUUGCCAUUUCCAAA